AUAUAUAACCUUUUAUUAUAUACAUACAAUAAUAUUAAAAUAAUAAUAAUAUAUAAUGCUAAUAAAACCAAUAAUUAUUAUGGUGAAUAUUAUUUUUUAUUAAAAAUUAUAAUAAUAUAAUAAAUAUUAUUAGAGAAAUUGUAUAAAUAAUUCUUUUAUAAAAAUAUUAUUUUUAACAUAAAUGUUUAUAGAUUAAAUAUUUAAUAACGACACUAUUACUUUUGCAAGUAAUAUAAUAAGUAGAAUCUAAUAUUCUCAUUGGUUGUUGUCUAUUUUCUUAACGAUUGUGAAUGUUCCGCGCCAAUGAAAAUAUUUGCCGCGUAAAAAUUCAAAAAUCAAUUGACAAAUUUGAAAAGAAAAUGACUGUUUGUCAUGAUAGGGUGAACGCAUAACAAAAGGUGUAAUUUCAAUUUUCUUCGAUAGCAAAUCAUCGUGGAACGUGGAAAAAGGUCAGCAGCAGGAGUACGAUAUGGAUUUUAUCUCACGACGAAAAGUGGGUCACAUCAAAAGCGCCUGUGCGCACGCUUCGAUUAUCGAUUGAAACGUUACGUGCCUUGAGUUCGUACGCUGGAUCUCAUUUAUGUGAAUGCAGUGACUGUGGAUGUUCGUAGUGUGACUUUCUCGCAGUAGGCCAGUGGCUGACAUCUUUCGUUUGUGGUCCGUGCAUGAUCGUGAGUUUCGGAAAAAUGCGGUGAAAUUCAAUAUACAGCGACGUGCCUUCGCGAAAUCGGCCAUUUUGAUAGUGCGUGUUUCGCGAAAACGGAUAGGAUCACUUUUGGCAGCUACCCUCAACGGUUGUGCGUGAAAGUGGUGGCAGCUCGGUGUCGCCCACAGGACACAGCCGUAAAACUGAAAACGAUCGUGUUCUUGGGCUAGUGAGCAAACAGUCUCAACAAAAUGGCAGGAAACGCGGGUAUGGAACAAUUAAUUCCGAUUGUGAAUAAGCUGCAAGAUGCCUUCACACAGCUUGGGGUGCACAUGCAACUUGAUUUACCACAAAUCGCAGUAGUAGGUGGUCAGAGUGCAGGAAAAAGUUCUGUUCUUGAAAAUUUUGUUGGAAAGGAUUUCUUACCUAGAGGAUCUGGUAUUGUAACCAGACGACCACUUAUCUUACAAUUGAUUAACAGUACAACUGAAUAUGCUGAAUUUCUACAUUGUAAAGGUAAAAAGUUUGUGGAUUUUGAUGAAGUACGGAAGGAAAUCGAAGCAGAAACAGACAGAGUUACAGGCAGUAAUAAGGGUAUUUCUAACAUACCAAUAAAUUUAAGAGUAUAUUCACCUAAUGUUUUGAAUUUAACAUUAAUUGAUUUACCUGGCCUCACAAAAGUACCAAUUGGAGAUCAACCAGCAGAUAUAGAAGCUCAGAUUAAAGCUAUGAUUUUUCAGUUUAUCAAAAGAGAAAAUUGUCUUAUAUUAGCAGUAACACCAGCAAAUACUGAUUUAGCAAAUAGUGAUGCUCUUAAACUUGCUAAAGAAGUAGAUCCUCAAGGUGUACGUACAAUUGGUGUUAUUACAAAAUUAGAUCUUAUGGAUGAUGGUACUGAUGCAAGAGAUAUUUUAGAAAACAAAUUAUUACCUUUGAGACGUGGGUAUAUAGGUGUUGUUAAUAGGAGUCAAAAAGAUAUAGAAGGUCGAAAAGAUAUAAAAAAUGCUCUGGCAGCAGAAAGAAAAUUUUUCUUAAGCCAUCCAUCUUAUCGACAUCUAGCAGACAGAUUAGGAACACCAUAUUUGCAACGUGUGUUAAAUCAGCAAUUAACAAAUCAUAUCAGAGAUACUUUACCAGCAUUAAGAGAUAGAUUACAAAAACAAUUGCUUACAUUGGAAAAAGAUGUAGAACAAUACAAACAUUUUAGACCUGAUGAUCCUGCCAUAAAAACUAAAGCUAUGUUACAGAUGAUACAGCAACUUCAAUCAGAUUUUGAAAGAACUAUAGAAGGUUCAGGAUCUGCACAAAUCAAUACAAUGGAGCUUAGUGGAGGUGCAAAAAUAAAUAGAAUAUUCCACGAACGUUUUCCAUUUGAAAUUGUCAAAAUGGAAUUUGAUGAGAAAGAAUUAAGAAGAGAAAUUGCUUUUGCUAUUAGAAAUAUUCAUGGUAUCAGAGUAGGUUUAUUUACUCCCGACAUGGCCUUUGAGGCAAUAGUCAAGAAACAAAUCAAUAGACUCAAAGAACCUAGUUUAAAAUGCGUGGAUUUAGUUGUACAGGAACUUAGUAAUGUUGUACGCAUUUGUACUGAUAGGAUGUCACGUUAUCCCAGAUUGAGAGAAGAAACGGAACGUAUUAUAACUACUCAUAUUAGACAACGAGAACAGUUGUGUAAGGAACAAUUGAUACUCUUGGUUGACUGUGAACUAGCAUAUAUGAACACGAAUCAUGAAGAUUUUAUUGGUUUUGCCAACGCGGCAGCCAGUAGCCAUAAUGCAAGUGCACAACAAUCUUCAGAAAAUGCUGUUAAAUCUGGUCGUCAUACAUUAGGCAAUCAAGUAAUACGUAAAGGAUACAUGUGUAUCCAUAAUCUUGGUAUAAUGAAAGGUGGCUCAAGAGAUUAUUGGUUCGUUUUAACGUCAGAGAGUAUUUCAUGGUAUAAAGAUGAAGAAGAACGUGAGAAGAAAUAUAUGCUACCUUUAGAUGGAUUGAAAUUGCGCGAUUUGGAACAAGGUUUUAUGUCUCGGCGGCAUUUGUUUGCUUUAUUCAAUCCAGAAGGCAGAAAUGUUUAUAAAGAUUACAAACAGCUAGAAUUGAGUUGUGAGACUCAAGAUGACGUUGAUUCAUGGAAAGCUUCUUUUCUCAGAGCUGGUGUCUAUCCUGAAAAAUCAACAGAACAAGCAAAUGGUGAAGGAGAGGAUAAACCAAAACAACGGUACGAGAAAAACGGUACAGUUAGUAUGAAAAACGGUGGAUCAGAAGCUCAAUCAUCCAUGGAUCCUCAACUUGAACGUCAAGUGGAGACUAUUAGAAAUUUGGUAGAUUCAUAUAUGAAAAUUGUUACAAAAACAACUCGUGAUUUGGUUCCAAAGACAAUUAUGCUUUUGAUUAUUAACAAUGCAAAAGAUUUUAUUAAUGCAGAGCUAUUGGCACAUCUAUAUGCAAGUGGUGAUCAGGCUUCCAUGAUGGAAGAAUCGCCCGAAGAAGCACAAAAACGAGAAGAAAUGUUACGCAUGUAUCAUGCGUGUAAAGAAGCACUUCGUAUUAUUGGAGAUGUUUCGAUGGCGACAGUGUCUACUCCAGUCCCACCACCUGUGAAAAAUGAUUGGUUAGCAUCCGGCGAAAAUCCAAGGUUAUCACCACCAUCUCCUGGUGGACCAAGACGUGGAGUGACACAGCCACCCCCUCUUUCUAGUUCUCGAGCUCCACCUCCAGUUCCUACGGGUGGCCGACCAGCCCCGGCUAUUCCUAACCGACCUGGACCCGGUGGACCUCCGCCAGCCCGUGCUACACCUGGCCUACCUCCUCCUCUUAUACCAUCUCGUGGGGGUGGUCUUCAGCAGAGGGUGACGCAAGCUGCGACGCAGGCCGCUGCUAAUGCCGCCGUGAACGAGCUGAUGGAUGCAUUCAAGAUCAAGCGUCCCGUACCCAAUAUUCCUCCCCGAAUUCCCGACAGACCGUACUACGGCCGAUUAAACUGAGCUAGUCCAUGGAAAGCACACGACACCUGUGCACACCCCACGCCCGAGAGUAUUCGAAGAAAGAGUUUCGUUUGCGAAACGAGCCGAUGACCGGGGACACGAGCUCAGCACGAGACGAGAAAAUGGUGGAAGACAAUGUGAUGGUUGUUAACCCGACGCAUUGACUGAUUCGAAAGAUGAUGGGUGACGGUGAGAGAGAAUCCGGGGUUUCGGGAGAGAAUCUUCCGAGGAGCGCAGGACGCGCCGCGUCCUAUUCUUUUUUCUCUCUCUCUCUCUCUCUGUCUCGAGAUCUUCGCCCUCCUUUAAUCUUGGCUAUGUCUGUCUUUGUACAAAAAAAAGAAAAGAAAAGAAAAAAGAAAAUUUCUGGUCUUCGUCGCGUCUGGCGCGCGUGAAGAGGAAGGUGAUUGAAUGGAAAAGGAGGGAAUUGAUGGAGGAGGAGGAGGAGGAGGAGGAGGAGGAGGAGGAAACAAGGAGGAACAAGGCUGUGCCACGAAAACAAAAGGGAAGAGAAAGAGGGACCAAGAAAUGAUGAACAGACAAGGGGCAAGGCGAGGGAAAGCGACGUAUAUAUUAUAUAUAUGGAUGGUCUGUGCCUGGUCUGUUAUCUAUCGAUGGUCGACAGCCGGAGAUCCAAUCGGUCACUUCUACUUCUUCUUUCUCUUGAUAUUUCGUCUUCUAUGUUAUUUAUAAAUACCGUUUAGAAUUACGUGUUUUAGCUGUUAAGUAUUAAUAGACUCGAUGCCGCUCGAUGCGCGCGAUUAAAGCUUGGAGGAUUGGUUAUAAAUGUUAAGAAAAAAAGGGUCUUCCGGCAAGAAGCGACGCAGUUGUUAUUUUUCGAAAUAACCGAUUUCGUCCUUUUUUUCCCCUUCUUCGACGGUUAUCAGUAUUAUAAUAAGUAAGAAUCGAAAUUGCACGUUAUUGCGAUUAUAAAAUCAAAUUGAUCAAAUUUUUAAUCUUGUUCAUUUUUGUUUAGAAUCUUUUUUUUUUUUUUCUUUAAUAAUGAAUAAAUUAAUCACGUAUUAUAUGGGGCUAAAUUUUAAGUUUCGAACGUUAAUUGUUAAAUUCUAGGUAGCUUUGUAUUACUUAAUAUUUUAUUACGCAACGUAUUUAAAUAUAGGGCGAUAGGAGUCGAUACCGUUCGACCAAAAUGAUUUUUAAACUGAAGCAAUACUGGAGAUUUUCUAGUUGUAAAGUAUUCAUAGUUAGAGGAAAACGUAAUUUAAUUUAGCGAUCGAUUGGCGCUUCUUGUCCGAGGACUCGGCAACAAGGUAUUGUUCAAAUGAGAUUCGUGGACGUAACGACGUAACGUGCAACCCGAUUACCUCGAUUUUAGAAAAACUUACUACUAGAGCAAAAGAGUACACACGGUUCGCUCUACGAUUCAUUCGAUCGAACGGGUGAACGAAAUGCGAGACGAUAUUCAAUCGACCACAGCAUUCCAGAAACGCCUGUGUGCAAGCUUCUUUGCGAAACAUAAAAAAAAAAAAAAAAAGAAAAAAAAAGAAAAAAAAAUAUAUAUAUAUAUUAUAUAUUUUAUAUAGAAAUGAGGAGAAAGUUACGUGGAUUCUCCUCGCCUGAUGUUCAUACUAAACGUAACAGUUCUUUUUUUUUUGUACGAUUAAUUUAUUGAAGUACGAUCACGAUGCCAUUUUACAGCUCGAAUUUAAGAAACAAUUACGAUACAGCAACUUAUUGAACAACGAAUGAUUAAAGAUUGUGGGAAAUUUCUUAUUAUGUAAUUUUUUCACGGUUUGAAAAAUGUAGAAACAAAAUUAUAGGUGUAUGUAUGUAGAGCGCGAAAUUUCUCGUCCGAUAACUUUGUUCAUUUUUAUCUAUUUUUAUUGUUAUAUUUGCAUCUUGACGCGAUAUCGUUAUGUGUCGUGCGAUAGACGCUUUUUUUCCUCGAAAGAACGAAAAGAGCCAAGAUUUAUAUCUUCGAAAAAAGAAAAAAAAGAAAAAAAAACAAACAAAAAAUAAUAACUAUUAUAAUUUUAAAUGGAGGCCAAUGUUGUAGAAGGAAGAAACAAAUUGUACAUAUAUAAAAUCAAAUACGAGUAAUAGUAUUAUUACAUGUCGAUUUACGUGCUAGGGAAAAAGAAUUUUCUUUCUUUUUCCUUUCUUUUUUUUUUUUUUUUUCUCUCCCUCCCCUCUUUUUCUUUUUCUUUUUCUUUUUGUAUUAAACCAAACAUCACGCGUCGAUAGCCAACGCGCUAUGAUAUACGACACCGACUGACGACUAAUGUACCUAGGACAUAUCAGGACGAAUCAAAUAAAUGAUAUUUAAUACAAA